AUGGAUGGGCCCAUUACCACCGACAGUGACUAUACUGCCUCGCAGCGUCCAUUUUCAGGGUCGAUCGGCUUCUCUAUGGAUGACGAGGGGACUAGUCGCAGAGGAAGCGCCGUUGGACACCCUCUAGCGCAGCCGAUACCAGCUACCAACGGCUUGAGGUACAACGCCCAACAGUCUGCGAUGCAGGAUGUGCCGUAA